ACACAGUUGAGUUAGCAUGGACAGGCGUGGACUUUGUGUACGAUUCGCUCUAAACACGCUAUGGGAUGAAUCUCUUUCUUAAAAAGCCUGCGCGUCUGAUCCAAGCUAGCCUUGUCACUAGUUGAUGAUACCCGGACUAUGGUAAAUUUUCUCUUUGUCCCUCUCAGUGGCAGCCAACACAUGGGCUCUGUCCCCUGUCCCCGUGGCUUCUCCCGCAGACUGAAAGCUAGGAGCGGGUCGCUUUAAUUCAGACACCACCCCCCUUUGGCGGAGAAAAAAGGCGCACUUCUGUUGAAAAGGAAAUCAGCCGGACAGGAUAAAAACCUCUGAGGUGGCUAUGAAGCUCUAAGUCUAAGAGAGAGGGCCAGAGUUGUUGUGAACUUGGUCAGUCUUACUGGAGCAUGAAGAAGCCAGUGCCACUAAAAGCUUUAGAGUGGCAAGAUGUCAGAAGAAUUAAACAUACCAGAAGUGGACGACCCUCCCGGGUGCCCCCACAAUAUCAAGGUCAUUUCAGCUGGGAGAAAUACUUAAAAGAGACAGGUGCCAUGGCUGCACCUGCCUCCUAUUUCAAACAGAGCCUAACUCCUCCAGUGAAUGAGUUCAAGGCAGGGAUGAAGCUGGAAGCCCAGGACCCGAGAAACACUACGUCCACAUGUAUUGCCACAGUAGUGGGUCUGACAGGGUCGCGCCUGCGCCUCCGACUGGAUGGGUCUGACAACAAGAAUGACUUCUGGCGCCUGGCGGAUUCCUCUGAGAUCCAGCCAAUCGGCAGCUGUGAGAAAAGUGGGGGCAUGCUGCAGCCACCCCUCGGCUUUCGUCUGAAUGCUUCUUCCUGGCCCAUGUUCCUUCUGAAAACACUAAAUGGAGCUGAGAUGGCGCCCUCUCGCCUUUUUCACAAGGAGCCUCCCACUCCAGAGCAGAACUUGUUCCAAGUGGGCAUGAAGUUGGAAGCAGUGGACCGUAAAAAUCCACACUUCAUCUGCCCUGCCACUGUGGGUGCCCUGCGCGGCGUAGAGGUGCUGGUCACCUUUGACGGCUGGAGAGGAGCUUUUGACUAUUACUGCCGCUACGACUCGAGAGACAUCUUCCCUGUGGGCUGGUGUGCGCUCACUGGAGACAACCUUCAGCCACCGGGCACCAAAGUAGUGCUGCUGAAGAGCCUGGGAGCCCCUACAGACGGCAGUGUAGACAGUCCAGCUAUGCCUCCCAGCCCGUCAGUGGGCAGACCUCCAGGCCAGAGGGGGCGAAGACCAGGACGCAAAAAGGCCAACAUAACGGGGACUCUCCUGGGACCACAGAGCAUACAGACAGGAAAAGAGCUGGUGCCAGUCAAGAUCCCCAAGAAACGAGGACCAAAGCCGGGCAGUAGGUUAGGAUGGGCGAAAAGAGCAGCGUGGUUUGAAGAUGUCUUGGCUGGACCAGGACGGCCUGUUGGCCCAGGGCGACCACGGGGCAGGUUGCCCACCAACUGGGCCCAUAGGAUAGCUCUACAGCAGGCCCACGCUCAGGCCCAUGCUCAGGCUCACGCUCAGGCCCACGUUCAGGCCCACGUUCAGGCCCACGCUCAGGCCCAUGCUCAGGCCCACGCUAAGGCACUAGCAGUCAAGAUCCCAAAGAAAAGAGGCCCCAAACCUGGAAGCAAGAGGAAACCUCGUGUGAUACCAAAUCCAGUUCCCACAUCUCCCACCAGCAGCACCCCGGAGCCUGACACCAGCACUGUGCCUCUGGACAACGCCACCAUCCCCAAGUCUGCACUACAGGCCCCCACAGUUUGCGUGUAUUUGAACAAGUUCGGCAAAGUGGGCCCUCACUUAGACCCGCGGAGGAUUCAACAGCUCCCUGACCACUUUGGACCAGGCCGGGCCUCCUCAGUCCUGCAGCAGUGUGUCCAGGCCUGUGUGGACUCUGCUCAUAACCAGCGCACUGUGUUCUCCUGCCUCAAGUCUGGACAGGGAGGAGAGGUCAUUUCAGCUUACUUUGAGCAGCAGCAGCACACCCUGACCCUGCCCACAGUCAGCAGUGUGACCUACGUUCUGCGCUUCCUGGAGAAACUGUGCCACAACCUCCACUGUGACCCUCUGUUCGGAAACCAGCCCGUGGCCAGAGCAUCCACACACUACAACAGCCUCUCCUACUCCACAGAAAGAAGGGGAUUUGGGAACAGUAUUAUGGCUGGUCCAGAUCGGGGCAACAAGCGCUUUCUUCAGGAGACCUAUAACAGCUCAGUACCUCAGAAGCUGGCCAAAAUCUCCCGCCACGCCACUGAUGGUGAAUCUUUCAGUGAAAAUGGUGUCGGAACAGCAGAGCACUUGAAGAAGAGUCCUCCAAACUCCAUGGUUCAGUCAUCAGGCCUCAGGUCGCCCUCCAUACUCCACAACUCACCAGGCAGCCUGAGGGACAGCCCAAAGUCCAGCGGUCAUGACCCUAGUGUGUGGACAGUGGAGGAGGUGAUGCAGUACAUUAGGGACAUUGACCCAGUGCUGGCUCCACACGCUGACCUCUUCAGGAAACAUGAGAUUGAUGGGAACGCCCUUCUUUUGCUACGCAGUGACAUGAUGAUGAAAUACAUGGGCUUAAAGCUCGGCCCUGCCCUCAAACUCACCUUCCACAUCGAUAAGCUCAAACGUGCUUAAGGCUGUCAGCAUCACCGACCCCUCACAACGGACUUCCAAAGCACUACACCCCAAACCCAACGGUACUCUUGCACUACAUGCUGGACUUUAUUAGAUGUAUUACACAUAACAUCAUUCACAAGAGCACCAUAUUUGGUAUUACAUUAAUACUGUUUCCUGAAUGUUUAUGUAGCACAAUCCAGCCUCAAGGCAGCAUGGGAUUUUGUACGAUAGUUAACCUGUUUUUAUGUUAAAGUAACGUCAAAUCUGUUAAUUUUACUGUAAAGGCUCCUUUGCCUCGUGUUACAUUUAUCUACAUUUCAUAUUUUCAUACAAAGGUGCUGUUUUAUCAGCUGUGUUUGUUAUUAUAAAAGUGCAAAAAGGGGACUUGAAUGAAUAAAAAUUAAACCCAAAAUUGGGAAUACCAAAAGUCUUUGAGAGGGCUUACAAAUAACACAUUAAUUUAGUCAGAAAAAAAGAUUUAUUAAAGAAAAUUAAUGUAUUCUAAAUAAUUGCUAAAAUCUCAUUGUACUGUAUUAUUUACCAUGUUUUUUGUAUUUUUAAAACUUUUAUACUGUACAUGUUUGUACAAGAAGAUUCCAUACUUUGUACAAUAAAUAAUGUUGAACUUGAUACUUAA